CAAUGAUGUUUCAGAUCCGGCAGCCCAACAAUACCAAAAGCAGAUACUCCAGUGGCAGCAGGCCGUGGGUCAGCGCGCUCCCGUGGCUCAGGCCACCCUCAACAGUCCCUGGGGCUCCCGAGAGUUCUCUGACUAUCGCCAGGACAACCCUGAGGGUCUUCCGCCACAGCCCACCAUUGUCGCGCCGUUCCCUCCUGGUCAUCUGCAAACAGAGGCGGUCCCCACGUCCCCGCCACUUCUAGAAGUGGACAAUCAGCUGGGAGGGGAGGCCACGGGCCCACCACCCACCGCUUCCGCAGACCCCCUGCGGGCACUCUGCAAGGCUCCCCGAGGCCAGUUUCCUGGCACUUCCUGCGGCAAGUUCGUCAACUGCUGGGACGACGUGGUGGUCGAACAGGACUGCCCUCUCGGUCUCUAUUUCAAUGAGGUUGGCGGUUACUGCGACUACCCCUUCAACGUGGCCUGCGUCAACCAGCCGGGGCAACAACCCGGUGGAGUGCCAGGUCCAGUGGGUGUCGGCGGUCCUGUCCAGUCUCCAGGGACCUAGUCAGGAGGACCUAGGGUCUCCAGGGGCCCGCUGUCCUACAGAGUACGGCACCUACCGCAGCAACAAGAACUGUGGUGUAUUCUACAUGUGUGUGGGAUACUUGCCAUUUGAGUUUACCUGUCCUUCCGGACUCAACUUCCAUAAGGAUCUGCAAGUCUGCGACUAUCCCUACAGGGUUGAAUGUAACGGGGUGCCCUCCAACCAACCUCCACCGGAGGUAACCACCGUAUCCGUGGGGGAGACUACUUACCCCCCGCCCCCCGGACCACCAGCAGAGCCUGGACCCCCUACCUCAUACCCAGAACUGCCUGCCCCCUCACCGCUUCCUGUGGAUGGCACAUCUUCUCAGCCCGUGGUAUCGCCUGAACCGACCCCGGCCGUGGCGCCUCCUGCUGUUGUCACCAACCCUGAAGCGUUCUACAAUCAAAGAAGAGUUCCUUCCAGCCUCGCCGACUCCGGUGUACCAUGCAGAGCUAACACCGUGUAUCGUCUGAACCCCGCCUGCUCCAGUGUCGCAGUCUGCAGGAACGGCUACACCCAGGUCCUCAACUGUGGACCCGGCACCGCCUACGAUACUGCCUCCGACCGCUGCGUGUCCUUCCUCCGAGCUAGAUGUUAACCCGAAAGAUGCUGUGCCUGUCUGACGUACUUGCCUACUCUUCAGUCUACUACAUGAUCUCCAAUCUACACACUUCAUGGACUUUGUUUUCCUCCCCUCCUUACUUAUUUAUUUUUAAAAUAACAGAUUUUGUACUGGGUUAUUAGUUAAUGACUCAUUGAUUGUUGAUGUUUGACUAGUCGCUCAGUACGAACAAUGGGGAAGAGUUGGUUGAUGUACUUCUUUUCUGAUUUGUCUAAACCGAUAACUUCAACUUAAAUAUAGAUUUUCCACUUUUUUAA